AUGGGAGCUGGUGUUUCGAACCCAGUCCCUCCGGCGAGCGCGAACUUUGCGACGACUUGCAUCUCAUUACAACAAGGGAGUGACAUCACGGCAGUUCAUUUAGAUGAGGCAGGAGCGAAUGCCAUACAAGAAGCGAUCAACGAAACUUGGAAACAGGGCCUUAUCCCAGUGGAGCAUGAUUGUGGGAGUGUGACCUGGUUCAGGCUAGGGGGUCAACCGUUUAUCCAAGCCAAUGAAGAAACGUCAACGCAACUACGACAAAUGAUUGGCAAGAUCUUGGAAAGAUUGGCUGCCGUCGGUUGGAAAGUCGUUCAAACCGCUCAAAUUGGGAGGAAAUUCGAACAGAGUACGAUAUUCUUGAGAAAAAGUGCACCGGAAUUCUCAACUUUACCCUACAUUGGAAUUGGUUUGAGCAGCAACGAUAGUUUGCUGUUUGUCAAUCUUCCCGCGAAUUUGGAACAACCUCUGCGAGAAGCGAUUCAGAUCGCCUGGCGGCUAGGACACAGAGGAUGGACAUACAGUGACGGAGUCUUGAAAGUUAAACUCUCUGGCACACCUUGGAAAUCAUCCGAAGAGGAAGCAAUCCAGUCGAAAAUCCUGAUUCAGGAAAUCAUCGCAACACUCCGCCGUCACCAGUGGGCAUUUGUGUGUAAUGUAAAUACCAAAUGUACCACCGAUUCCCUCUUCUUCAAAUUCGACCCGACCAUCGUUCCUGGCGAGUCGACAGACUUCUGCACCAUCAGUCUAAAUCGUGAUGAUCGACUACGUCUUAUCAAAGUGAAAGAAGAUGUCAUUUCUCGUAUAAGGCAAGUCAUCGUGUCCAUUUGGGGGCCAGAUAAGAUUCAAAAAGAGAAGGAUUGGUAUGGCAGUUGGGAAUUCAAAUUGGCCGGCAUUCCAUGGCAUUCAACAAGUGACGAGUCUAUCAAAGCGAGGUAUUUGGUUCUAAAAGUGCUGGAGGCAAUGAGAGAGAAAGGAUGGCAUGCCAUAGCCGCGAUUGAGAUGAGUCGACGGGGAGGGAGUAAGAGUGUCUUGGUGUUUCAGCAAGCGCAACCUCGUAAUGAUCCAAUCACGUGCCUCGCCUUGGCUGACAAAGAUAAGUUCCGUCUGAUUAACAUGAAGCCCGACAUGGUUGACUUAUUUAAACGGACUGUGUUGUCACGUUGGGGCCAAGGUUAUGAAAGCGAGAAGGAGAAAGAGUUUCCGUUUGGAAAUGUUUGGCAGAUGAAGUUAUUUUGCGAGCCGUGGCACGGAGGUGUACGCAACGAUACUGUACAUGCCAAGAGUAUCAUCUCUCAUGUUGUUGAAGAAUUCUACAAGAAGGGAUGGCGAUUGUAUAUUUGUGGCGAUGUUUCCUCGGAGUGGAUUGAAAAAGAUGACACGGUUGUCGCUGAAACAGGGAAAAAGUUGCAGUAUCCCAGAGAUUCACAUAGCUUGUUCUUUGUCUAUGAUCCUUAUAACACAGGCCAGCCCACUGCACCCACCUAUGGUUUUAAUACCCAGCAAUACGGUAUGCCUGGCCUACCAUACCCCAGCGCUCCGCCCAUGGUAGCUCCCUUGUAUCCCCCUCUCUCCUCUGAUCCCCCACCUCCUAGCUACUCGCAAGCAACUGGGAUUCCUCAUUCCUGA